AAGUCCCGUGCGUGCCUCCGUGUCCUGCGAGAGAAAAGUAUUGCUCCCCUCAAACCAGCUCAAAAGGUGGCCGCAUUGGCUGGCGUACUUCUUGUCUAUCCUAGCACUUUUUUGCCCGCUACUUGCUGCUGGGACGAAAACCUUUUUGUAAGAAAGAGGUGCCUUUUGCGCCAUCAUGGCGCACAGGCUUGUUUGCACGCUGGAGGUGUCAGGCAUUCUCUCUGGAGCUGACAUCGAGCAGCGGCAAGGGCUGCGCUGUCGGUUUGUGAACACUUCUGGGAGUGCCUAUGACGUGGAUGCAAGUUACACGGAAGAUGGAUGCAGUGCGCAGUGUGCAGUGGAGACAGAGGACUGCGAUUCCAAAGCGUUUGUACUGCUUGACAACCAGGACGAGCCAAUCCCAUGCAAGUCAGCACCUGUUCCCACCGGAACGUUUGAAACCGAACCUGUCGGGCAGGAGGCUUCAGCUUCAAGCCCCGCCAACUUCAGAUCUGUGGUUGGAGCGCUCGGGUGGUUGGACCGCUACCUCUUCGUGUGGAUCAUCAUUGUUAUGGUACUCGGCGUCGUUGCGGGGAACUACAUCCCCGGCAUCGAGACCGGGUUCAACGGCUCCAAGAUCGACUCGGUGUCCCUCCCCAUCGCCAUCGGCCUCUGGUGGAUGAUGUACCCCGUCUUAUGCAAAGUCCGCUACGAGCUUCUCGGCAAGCAGUUGCUGGAACCCGACCUCCGAAACCAGCUUGCCAUCUCCUUCGUGCUUAACUGGCUCAUCGGGCCCGCGCUCAUGACUGGGAUCGCAUGGGCCACUCUGCCAGACCUUUCGGGUUACAGAAACGGGGUUAUCCUGGUUGGCUGCGCGCGGUGCAUCGCGAUGGUGCUGAUCUGGAACCAGCUCGCGUGCGGGGACACCGACUUUUGCGCCAUCCUAGUUGCCUUCAACUCCAUCCUGCAAAUAGUGCUGUACGCCCCCGCUGUGCUCUUCUUCCUCAACGUCGUCUCGGGGGGCUCGGUCAGCGUCAGCUUCAGCACCGUAGCCAAGAGCGUCGCGCUCUUCCUGGGACUUCCCCUCGCCGCGGGCUUUCUGACGCGCCUCGUGCUGCGCAAGUGGAGGGGAGCGCAGUGGUACGACCGGAAGUUUCUGCCCUGGUUCGGGCCAACGGCGCUGAUUGGGCUUUUGUACACCAUCUUUGUCAUGUUUGCACUGCAAGGCAAGCAGAUCGUGCACAACCUGGGUGACGUGGCACGCGUGGCGGUGCCUCUCCUCGUUUACUUCGCCAUCACGUUCUGGGGCACGCUGGCCGUCUGCUGCGCUCUCAAGAUCUCCUAUCCGAAGAGCAUCACCCAAACGUUUACCGCGUCAAGCAACAACUUUGAGCUGGCAAUCGCUGUGGCAGUGGCAAGCUUUGGGAUCAACUCCGAGGAGGCACUUGCGGCGGUUGUUGGCCCGUUGAUCGAGGUGCCGGUCCUUCUGGGCCUUGUAUAUGUAGCGCUUGGCCUGAAGAACAGGCUCUGGUAAGGUUGCGCUUUGAGGUGCAGUCAGGCAUUAGGACUGCUAUACAGUGAUUGAGUUGUCAUGUUGUUUGAGUCAAGUACCGUCGUGAAUCAACGGUUCGGUAGAGUUGGCAAGCAUCUCUACCUCAGAGGUCAGAACAGUCGCGUCAGUCAAGGUAGGAAUCGAAGUCAAAGAGCUUAUGGACAGUCAGACUUUUUCAUGGCAUCAACUUGUGAAGACAUCAGGGUGGCCGUGCAAAGUCUCGGUCGGGAUGACCGGCCAGACGUGACCUAGCUAGCUGCUGUCCGACGACCGUCAUCGAAUGGCCAUGCAUCCACGUGUCAGGCUUAAUCAACAGAUAAUUACGUUAUUCGUUUCCUAC